CUUGACUCAACAACAUCCACGACAAUGGCAACAUGUCGUCGGAGCUCGUGACCGGCGACACCGAACGUCUGCAGAGCAAGGCCAACGUGGGAGACGACGGCUCUCCACCCGCGUCACCCCUCAGCACACUCCCAAGCACUCCGCCUGUUCCUACGUACACGCAAAUGGCAGCAAGCAAGGGCAGAAGUACUUCAGGUGAUGAAAUGCCACCUCCUGUGACGCGCGGCGCUUCAGCCAAGUCAUCAACUGCCGGGCGGAAGCGCUCGCGCGAAGCGGUCGAGGAGGAACAAGCAAACACUGCUGACGGCUCAUCGACUGCUGCUGAGCCUCUUUCCAAUGCUCGCGGGAAAAAGCGUGGGAACAGCACUGACUCCGUUGCGACUGCCGUAAAGGACUCACAGAAUCAAAGUCGUCCACAGCAUCAGCCAAACGGAGAGGCGCCUUCUCAGAAUGUGCCAGCAUCAGGUCAAGGCCAAGCCACAGCCAAUGCACAGCCAGCAAAGUCAAAGAAAGUCAUACCUGCGCAGACAUCGCAGCCUCUGCAGCCAGUUGUACCAGAGCAGUCCGCUGAAGGACUGGGCAAGGAGGAUGAUUAUGAGAGCGGCUCAGAAUCCUCCGUCUUGGCAUCCGAGAUGGUUCCCGAGGAGUCCAUUGAGGACUUCGACUGGAGUCAUCUCGUACAACGCCACCACGACAAGAUGAACGAACUUCGGAAUCAGGAUGCACAGCUCAUGACAGAGUUCAAUGCACUUAUAGAUUACUUCACCGUCUGGGCAGACGUGGGCAAUUAUAAGGAGUUUGAUCGUAGUUGCAAGCGCCUCAACACCCAAGUGGCUUUUGUGCAGCAUGAAGAGGAGCAGCUCGCGAAUAAGCGACAGCAUUACAUCAAAGUUGUCGACGCCUUCAAGAGUGCGUUACAACUCUUGGGUUGAUCAAAGCACGCGCAUCGUUCCAAGUCAUCGGGCGCUUUCCAGUCUUCGCUUGUCACUCGAAAACGACUCUUCACUGGUCGCUAGGCGAAGUAAAUCAUCGGCACCGAUCAUACAGCUGCAGGACUGGCCAAUACAUGUGGUUGAUGAUGUCGAUAUGGUGAGGUAUCACUAUCCGGACCACCACACGUCACGGUGCGUGAUGCUUUGAGAAGGGGACUCAAUCCUGAUCUGCAUAUCUUGCUCAGAAUUAUUCCCCCGAACGAACGCCUUACCCGUUCGCUCCAACGGUGGGUGAAGAUCCAAGGUACUGGCAGCGAAUUAUUUUAUUUGUGCAACAAUCAGCCGAGACUGCUAAACGGUAGACCGUACCAUGCUAUGAAGCACAUGCGACUUGCGAC